GGUGCCUCUCCCUCGCUCGGCUCCCGCGACCCAGAUUCCUGCCCCGCCCCCGCCCCUCCCGCGCCUGCAGCCAGUGCGGCAGCCGCGGCCACCCCCGUGCAGCCGCCGCGCGGGGGACCGCCCGAGUCCAUCGCCGCCGCGGAGCAAGUCGCUGGAGCGCCCCGGGGAGGCGGCGAUGGAGACCCGACAGCCGCCCGCCGGAACCUGCUGAGCCUUCUGCCGCCGCGGAGUCCAGCUUACACCUACUUUGACAAAGGGAAAUUUGGAAGCAGUUCUUGAGAACACUUUGAUAACACCGGGAUAAUUAAAACAGGCACAAUGAAGCACUUCCUGAGAAUGUUGAUCCAGGUGUGCCUGUAUUUUUACUGUAAAUUUUUGUGGCGCUGCCUGAAAUUUGUAAUGAGGAAGCUGACUGGAAGGUGUGAGCUUCAGCGGAUCUGUUACAACACCAAGCCUGGCGCUUCCAGGACCAUGAAAAUCGAAACCUCCCUGAGGGAUUCAAAAAGUAAGCUGUUGCAGACAGCCGUGAGUGUUCACCCUGAUGCCAUUGAGAAAACUAUAGAAGACAUCAUGGAACUGAAAAAAAUUAACCCGGACAUAAAUCCACAGUUGGGUAUCUCUCUCCAAGCUUGCCUUCUGCAAAUUGUUGGUUAUAGAAACCUUAUUGCUGAUGUGGAAAAACUGCGCAGAGAGCCCUAUGAUUCUGAAAAUCCCCAACAUGAGGAGAUGCUUUUGAAGUUGUGGACAUUUUUGAAGCCCAAUACACCCCUGGAAUCUCGGAUUUCUAAGCAAUGGUGUGAAAUUGGUUUCCAAGGUGAUGAUCCUAAAACUGAUUUUCGAGGAAUGGGCCUCCUGGGACUGUACAAUUUGCAGUAUUUCGCAGAAAGGGAUGCUUCAGCAGCUCAACAGGUUCUCUCCGACUCUCUUCACCCAAAAUGCAGCAAAUUCAGCAAAGCAGAAUGGGAGAAGAAAAGGCUGGAUAAAGCAAUUGGGUACUCAUUUGCCAUAGUGGGCAUCAAUAUAACUGAUCUGGCAUAUAAUCUACUGGUGAGUGGAGCUCUGAAGACUCAUUUCUACAACAUUGCCCCAGAAGCUCCAACAUUGCCCCACUUCCAACAGACGUUCUGCUAUUUGAUGCAUGAGUUUCAUAAGUUUUGGAUUGAAGAGGACCCCAUGGACAUAAUGGAAUUUAAUCGUGUGCGGGAGAAAUUCCGCAAGAGGAUCAUAAAACAGCUGCAGAACCCAGACAUGGCACUGUGCCCACACUUUGCUGCCUCGGAAGGUUUACUCAACAUGUAGUCACCCAUACUGGUUUAAUGGACCCCCCGGAACACUGCCUCAUUGUCGUGUUAGAUCUCUGCUUUAGGUCCCAGCGCUCACUGAAUGCACACAGCGGUCGUAUGCAUGCCUUUUGGUACAGUAUUUUCAUCUUUUGGUCAUAAUUCCCAGAUCCCCAGAUACCACUAUUUCUGGGGUCUCUGUCAUCCUGUAACUGCUCAUAUUGUGGCAUUAUGCAGUGUUAGAUCUUGCCUUGACUCCCUGGUAUGAAAAGAGUUUUCUAUUUUUUUAGAUUGUUUUCCUUCCCCUCAUCAUUCAGCAUUAAAGAGCUGUAUUUCACUAGCUGUAUUUUGUAUGUAAGAGAUUUAGCUGCAUUUUGUUCUGUGAAAGCCUUUUAAUUUAUUGAUAGGUUCCAUCACUACCGCUGCUAGCUUUUCAAGCCAGGUUCAUGCUUGGACCGCAUUCCAAUAAAGUAUAAGACUUUAAGAUAAUACAGACAGACACAUGAUAAGCCAAACCAUUCCAGCAAACAGCUGUGCUUCAUAAAAGUAUACAGAGGCUUACAAGGACCAAUGUAGGUAGGUGCUGUUUUGUUCAAAGUACCUUAGGAUUAUACUGUAGUUUAUACCUCUUCCCUCCCCCAUUGCAAUUGUGUCAGAGUCAUCUGGAUAGCAAAUUACAUUAUUUCCAUCAUUUUAAAUUACUUUAUUUCCAUCAUUUCACUGGCUUGGAUACCUAAAUAUGUUAGUCAUACUUGGAGCCUCAGAAAAGGAGUAAGCAUACUUCCCAAGCUGCAAAAGGUUUUUCACUGCCUGCCUCUGGCUAAACUCAGAGCCACCCCCAGCACUGUUCUGAUCCAGGCAUCUCUGCUUGGGGAACUGAGUGCUGACUGCUUUGCUUUCUCUCUCAAGACACAAUAUUAAAAAAUAAUUUGUAAGAAGAUAUGUUGCAAGAGAGGAACCUCAGCUAUGACGUUCUGCAAUAUUCCUUGGAAAUACCGACCUUGUCUUACACCCAUGGGACAAGUAAAUGGCUUGGAAGGAGAAAAAAAUUCAAUCAUUCCAGAACUGCUAAACAUCAUUUGAAAAACCAUGAUUUUGUUUGGAAUUAUGAUUGUAGUCUGUUGAAUAGUAUUUACCAUGGCAUUUCAUACCCAUGGUAUUUUAUACCUUCUGACUAUCGAUUUUAGUAUUAAUAGACAUUUGUGUAAUCACUUGCUUAUUUAACUGAAUUUUG